AUGCACCAACCAGAACUGACGGCCUCGGCCCACGUCGGAGGGCUCGAGGAAGUCUGCACCAGGCCUGCGAGCUGCCCGACCAAACGGGUACACGGUUCCUGGGACAUCAAUCGGUCUGACCCGAACACCUGCACGUCUAGCCCAGUGGCGCUCGGGAAGACGAAGGCCCAGACAUCGCGCUUGACGGGGUAUCAUGAAUGGGACGCAGGCGAACGCUCCCAUGGUGACUCCUGCUGGGCAGCGUGUGACGCGCGCGGAAGCACGCGCGAAAACAAUGGAAACCACACCACAGGGAGGGAUGUGCGCGUCGCCGGCUGCCAGCAUGGUGGCUACAGCCGACCUGGCACGAUCAGACAUUUGAAACCUCCUAGGCGGUCCCGAUCCAAUUGCUCCCCCCGAGGGAGGGAAUACACACCAACUGCCAUCUUCGCAGCUCUUCCCACGCGCGUCGAUUGCGUUCGUCAUAGGUCAUACUUCGGCAAUGAACAUGGACCGCUUUCCCAAGACGGGGGCCGACUGGAAAAUGGUUGGUGCCUUCCCGAGGCCGUACGGGUGUCUCUGGGAGCCCCCCGUCAGUUGCUCGGCAAGCUCAUGGUCACAGAUGACCCCGAGCGGCGGGUGAAAUGGACGGAUAUCGAGGAGGAAGGCGGGUGGGCUGCCCAGAGUUUUUCUGAUGUCCGCCAGAACAGAAUCUAUCACCCGUCAGUAGGACGGUAUCAAGCGUCUACUCCCAGGGAGGCUGUUGCCAGGGAUAGAACCAUGGAGGUUCUUCUCAUGAGGGCUACAUAUCUGGGCAGUACAUACACGUAUGCAGAUUACAAUAACUCGUCCUCAACGGGCGGUAAGCCAGGAGAGGUAGACCGCCUCCUACAUCAGGAAUUUGUACCAAGCUCGAAAUAUUCUAUGCUCGAUUCUGAUACGAUGUAUUAUCGACACUGCUGA